AUGAUAAUCGACUCUCCGAAACGAGCCCAGCGAAUGCUCCGGCAUACUGAAAAGAGAAGCUCUCUGCGGUCUGCCAGCUCUCCUAUCACAAGAUCUGAGCGUACAUCUUAUGGCUCCAUCCCCGAAUCCCAACACCGCCUGGUUCACAAGGCUGGUCGAAUUUCUGAUCAGGAUGUUCGGAAUGGAACAUCCGAGAUGUCGUUCUCGACCAUGACUAGCAACAGUGCAAUACAGCCAAAUAUCGAAACUAUCAACGUGGUGGUCAUCCCAGAGAGAAGUUCAUCUCUCAGGUCCCGUCCUAUCAGUCAUGUUUCUUCCAAACCGGGUUCUCACCGAUCAAGCCGUCGUCCUCCGACAGCCUCAACGGGCCGCACAGAUAUCCCAGGGCAGAAGAAACACACCGUCUCUGACUCGGUGUCGACUCGAUCUCGCGAGACUGAUUCCAGGGGUCGUUCCAUGGGGCGACCUGUCAUUCCACCCCGUGCCUCAUCGCUUUCUGCACCGACAAGUCAGAACAAUUCUCGCGCCACUUCUCUCACUUCCAACAGCCUGCGCAGUCGGCCCGCGGCGCGUCCCGCUAUACUACCCCGAAGCUCGUCGCUUUCUGCACCAACGAGUCGGAACAACUCCCGUGCGACUUCCCUUACUUCCGACAGUCUACGAAGCCAUAACUUAGCCGUUGACCUCGAGAUGGGAAAGCAUCGAGAGCAUCAGCCGGUAUCCCCGCCUCGUCAUAACGUUUUGGCUUCACCUGACCGCCGUGGCCUACUCGAGGCUCCCAAUCUGCCCGCCCUCUUUGCUAGCUCUGAUGACAUGGCAACCCUGCGUCCUCCAUCUUUGCCUUUCACCCAGGGCUCAAUUCCAUCGUAUUCACCGGGACCUAUCGAAAUCCAAGAGGCUACAGCCGUCAGUCUGUUCGCACACAACAAUCACUCACUGCUGCUUGUUGAUCCUCGGGUACAAGCCUCCUCGAGGCACCCUUUCCAAGAUCUUGGGAUUUCCUAUGAUCUUUCCCGAACCCCUCGCACACCCGAAAACCCAUCACAAACAGCAACGUACACCGUUGACUCGCCUUUAAAGAACCCUCGCCCUCCACCCAAGCCCCCAUCUGCCAGACCUCUUCCCCCGCUUCCGUUAGAUGACGCUCAAAAUGAGAACAGAGGCCUCGGUCGACGAUGGAGUUCCGUCCGUCGUACCUGGAGUGCACGCCCUCGGUCGGAUUCCUUCAACACUAUGUCGCGAUCCUUCUCCGUGAAAUCAGCGAAGAACCGAACCGCAGGGAUGGAAAUGGAUAGUCGUCUAUAUCCGUUUUGGCGGCCCCGCGGAUUCUGGGAAAACGUGCCGGGGUCCCCGGAGAAAGAAUCCUCCCCGACGCGGGAAGCUUUGCCGCGCCUCGAUGAAUCCUUGAUUGUAAACAACUCUCUAGGCCUGCCCCAGCGGCGCAUCAUCUUCGAUGGCCCAUCUGCUUUGGCGCGCCGCAGCCCAGAAAUGAGACGCUUGUUCAAUGGGAUGACUAGCAACGGUAGCUUGGUUGAUCAAGGCAUGUUCCGAACAGGAUCCCCAUUAAACCCGACUCGCUUCCGGUCUCUCUCUCGCUGGGGACUGAAGCUCCGGUCGAUGUCAUGGCGUAAUGUGCGGAAUCGCAUACGGCGUGUGCGCCAGCGACGAGAUGAGAGAAAGCGGGCUGUCCGGAGGGAAAUCCUCAAGCAGAGUAUCGGUGGCCCUGUCUACGUGGCAUCUAGUGCUACAGCUGAGGUGGCUAUGAGAUGA